AUGUUCCGCCUUGCGGCGCUUGCAUCCCUGUUAGCCGUGAGCACGGGCUACAACGUACAGCAGUAUCCUCCGCAAAAUCCAUUCCCGGCUCGUUCUCAUUCGGCUCCACUAGGAUCUGGUGGGGCUCUUACAACUCUUACCAGUGGUGGAACGAUUGGUGGAGUGAGAGCAACAGCGACAGUCGCGAUAGCAACAGCCGUGAAAGUGAUCGAAAUCGCUGCCCCAGGUUACAAACAUCAUGCCGGGCGGUAUUUCAAGAGGAACGGAAGAUCCCAUGCGGCCAUUGAGUGCCCAACCGAUGGAAGCAUCAUGAGCAUUACAACAUCCGAUGGUACUAUCCUGAGCGUCGGAGCCGGUGCUGAGAAAAUUGCGAGAUGCAGAAAUGGACGAUGGCAGGCUCAGAGUAUUGACGGCCAAUUUGUAAGAUUCAUCAGUGUGCAGUGCCUGAAAGACGUCACGGUGGCUACACCAACAGGAAGCGCUCCAACAAAGCCCUUCCCCUCACGACCUACCCCUACGCGACCGCAUCCCACACGUACCGCUCCCACGCGACCACAUCCCACGAAUACCCCUCCUGCGGGACCAGAUCACACACGUACCCAUCCCACGCGACCGCAUCCCUCACAUACCGCUUCCACUCAACCAGAAUCCACAGGUACUCAACCCACGCGACCGAAACCCACAAAUGUCGCUCCCACAAAACCAGAACCCACGCACGCCGCUCCCACCGAACCAGCUUCCACACACUCACCUACCGUGCGACCAAGUCCCACGCAUAUAGCUCCCACCCAUCCCACACAUGCGUCUCCCACUCGACCAGCUCCCACAGGUGGCCAUUAA